GCGCCCGAGGAAGCCGGCCCCUCUAGGCCCCGGAGGACUCCACUCACGGGUGCGCGCUCGAGGCCGGGCGAGGCGGGCAGCGCGGCUCUCUCCGCCCCGCGACCCCCGGUCCCGCCGGCGGCCAGCGUCCCCGCGGCUGGGUCGUGCUUCCGGGAGGUGAGGCCGGGAGUCCCAGGGCUAAAUUCAAAGAGGAGCAAAGACCUCUAAAAAGUCUUUGGAAAUGUGUUUGUAAUGGUGUGUAAGCAGCUAAAGAGGAAUUGACCCCAACAGAACUAACUGGAUAAUUGAGGCAGGUUUCUGUGUGUCAUCAAAUUCUGUCCAGAAAUCGAAGAAUCUUCCUUUGAACUCUAGGCUGGUGUGCAUUUAAUAAGAGGAUGACCUUUCAAUUUAAUUUCACUAUAGAAGACCAUCUGGAAAAUGAAUUAGCGCCUGCUGGAGAUGGAGCUUUGACUCUGAAUUCCUCGAAAGCAUCAUCAGUGUCAGUAAGUCGAAAGGGAGAACCCGAGAACAAAAAAUGUUCAGAGGAGCACCUGGGGAAGCCCAAGUCAGUGGGGAAUGCAGCUCCCCCUCCAGAUGCGGAUCCACCCAGUGCAGCUGGGAACUCAGAGGGCUCUGGGCCACAUGACGAUCGGCCUUGCUUGAGACUUGCCAAAGAGCAUGCUGUGCCUAGAGAUUUGAAGAAAGUGCUAGAAAAUAAAGUCAUAGAAAUGUUGCCAGGUCUCCAGCCUGUGAACAUGUCAGUAGUGAAAACCACCUUGUUGAAAGAGAACUUCCCUGGAGAAAACACAGUUUCAGAAAACUUUUCUUCACACUCUGAUCUGAUUACAGGUGUUUAUGAAGGAGGCUUAAAAAUCUGGGAAUGUACCUUUGAUCUCCUGGCUUAUUUCACAAAGGCCAACAUGAAAUUCGCUGGGAAAAAAGUGUUGGAUCUUGGCUGUGGAUCAGGGUUGCUGGGUAUAACUGCACUCAAGGGAGGGGCCAGAGAAAUUCAUUUUCAAGAUUAUAACAAUCUGGUGAUUGAUGAAGUGACCCUACCUAAUGUAGUGGCUAACUCCACUUUGGAAGAGGAAGAAAAUGAUGUAAAUGAACCAGAUACAAAGAGAUGCAGGAAGUCAAAAGUAGCCCAGGAACUGUACAAGUGCCGUUUCUUUUCUGGGGAGUGGUCUGAGUUUUGUAAGCUUGUGCUAAGCAGUGAAAAAUUCUUUGUAAAAUAUGACCUCAUUCUCACCUCAGAAACCAUUUACAACCCGGACUAUUAUAGUGCUUUGCACCAGGCAUUCCACAGACUGCUGGGUGAAAAUGGGCGGGUGCUUCUGGCCAGCAAGGCACAUUAUUUUGGUGUUGGUGGAGGUGUUCAUCUCUUCCAGAAGUUUGUAGAAGAAAGGGAUAUAUUUGAGACUAGAAUACUCAAAGUAAUUGAUGAAGGACUAAAGAGAUUCCUAAUUGAAAUGACUUUUAAGCAGCCCAGUUAAUAUUCACGGAGUCUCCUAAGAGAAAUAAACAGAAUGACCCCAAA